UUCUCUCACUCUCUCACACACACACACACCCUCUGCUAUGCUCCUCCAUCCCAGCUGUCCCUGGGGAGCCUGGAUUGGAUUUGUGCUCCAUCAUCUGCAGCUCCCCUCGGUCUGUCUGUUGGUCACACUCUAAAGGAACGGAACCCAGUCUUGUCCACCCUCUGGCUCAAGGACAACGUAUGCUUCUACCCACUCUCCACCUCCAAGCACCUUCCCCCCUCAGACUUAACUGCCUGACUCACAACUAAAAAGAAUGGCUUUUGGAUCUUCACAGGUGUGAGGCCUGGUGAGAGGGGAGCCUUCUAGUUAAUGAGCACCUACCAUGUGUCAGGAACCAUGUUACUUUCUGGGAUUCAGAGAUGAUUAAAACUAAUCAUGCACCUUGAGAAACUCACAGUGGAAGGAAAAUCGGUUAAGCAAAAAAUGCUAGAUAGCCAGGUAAAUGAUGGGACAAAUUUAGGAAGGAAUGCUGUGGAUACACUGGAGGCAGGCUCCAAAGCAGGCAUCACCUCGGAGGUGGACUUUGAAGACUCAAGAGUUAACUGGGUCAAGAGGUAUACACACAAACACUUCUGACAGGUCUGCAGAAAACGGUGAGUCCCCAAAAAAUAGCAGCUGGGCUAUUCCAUGCCCAAGAUAGCAGGAUACACUAUUUCAUGCCCACACCGUUGCUUCCUGUGUGCAAUGCACCGUGUGAUGAUCUACAGAGAUUAAAUAAGCCAUGAUCUGCUCCCAGUCACCUGGGAGAGAGCUACAAGGUAAAUUACCCAAACAGAAGGCAAACUGCCUAGAGCUGUAAUUAACAUACAAUAUGGGCUGAGAGGGAAAGGUUAAUGCUAACUCUGGUCCUAAGUACAAAGAUCACUGGGAGUAAGAGGUGCACUCUCUUUAGGACACAGUAUGGGUGGGUGGAGAGAGUAAAAACCAGAACAAAUCAAGGUGCAGCGGGUUGCAGGUCAGCCUUAGGGAAAAAAGGGGUGGAGACUGACUGGGCUAAAACAAGGGAUUGGGCAGAAAAAGAGGGUGGGGCCAGUGGGCUCCUCCUACGUACUCCCACCACUCCCCCUGCCAACUACUUUCUGCAGUCUGUGGAGACAGUUGUGUCCCUGUGUCUUUGGUGUGCCUGGGUGCACUUUCUGCCUCCACCAGGAGCAUGGGCUGACACCGGAGGAAAGGAAAAAAGGGAGUCAGACAGGCUCCAAUCAAUGCAGACUGAGAGCCCAGGGCCCUCAGGCAAUGCACGGGACAACGAAGCCUUUGAAGUGCCAGUCUAUGAAGAGGCCGUGGUGGUGCUGGAAUCCCAGUGCCACCCCCAACAGCUGGACCAACCACCCCCCUACAGCACUGUUGUGAUACCUCCAGCACCUGAGGAGGGACAACCUAGCCAUCCAGAGGGGUCCAGGAGAGCCAGACUGGAGAGGCGAAUGGCCUCAGAGGGGUCUAUGGCCCAGGAAGGAAGCCCUGGAAGAACUCCAAUCAGCCUCCGGCUUCGGGGACCACGGGCUGUGUCCACUGCUCCUGACCUGCAGAGUUUAGGGGAACUCCCCAGAUUAGAGCCUCUGACUCCACCCCCUGCCUAUGAUGUCUGCUUUGGUCACCCCGAUGAUGAUAGUGUUUUUUAUGAAGACAACUGGCCACCCCCUUAAACGACUCUCCCCAGAUUUCUCUUCUCUCCACACCGGAUCUACUCUUUCAUUUGAUCAACAUUUUCCAGUGCCUACUAUGUGUCAGAAACAGUGUUUCUGCCUGGACAUCAUAAAUGGGGACUUGAACCCUCAGAAGAGUCAGGCCACAGUAAGCCCUCCCCAGUAGAGAUGUGGGUGGCAUAAUUUGAGUCUUCCGGAAACAUUUGGUGACCUACCCCAUAUCCAAUAUUUCCAGCAUUAGAUUGAGGAUGAGGUAGGGAGGUGAUCCAGAGAAGGUGGAGAAGGAAGAAGUAACAUCCAAGAGGCAGCUGUUGCUUCUGUUCCAGGUACUGUUAGAGCUGUUAGAUCCCUUAGGCUUGCCAGUUUUGUGAGUUAUUGAAAAGUGAGGAUUCCAAGAGUUAGAGGAAUUUGAUAAUGUGCAUGAGGGCACACUGCUAGUAACAGCAUUAAAAUAACUGGAAUGAACUCCUGA